AUGCCAGAGCAGCGUCCAAGCAUUCACAGUACGGUCAGAGUUGGGGAACAUUGUCAGAGCAGAAGGAAACAGCACCGUUGGAAGAAGAGGGGAAUUGCCAUUAUCCCAACAAAGUUUGGAAUCAGUUUUACAGUGAGCUUCUUGAAUCAGGCAGGAGCACUGAUUCACAUUUACACUGAUGGCUCGGUUCUCCUCACACAUGGUGGCACUGAAAUGGGGCAGGGACUUCAUACCAAGAUGGCUCAGGUUGCCAGUAAGGUCUUACAGAUCCCCAUCUCUAAGAUACACAUCAGUGAGACGAGCACCAACACAGUCCCCAACACAUCUCCAACAGCAGCUUCAGUCAGCUCUGAUCUCAAUGGGAUGGCAAUCUAUAAUGCCUGUCAAAUUUUAUUGAAACGUCUUGAGCCUUACAGGGACCAGAACCCCAAGGGAUCUUGGGAAGCUUGGGUGAAAGCUGCCUAUUUGGACAGUGUGAGUUUGUCAGCAACAGGAUAUUACAAGACCCCUGGUAUCAAUUAUGACUUUGAGAAGAAUGAAGGAAACCCGUUCCAUUAUUUUAGUUAUGGAGUGGCCUGCUCUGAAACUGAAAUUGACUGUUUAACUGGUGACCAUAAGAACCUCUGUACUUGGAUAGUAAUGGAUGUUGGCCUCAGUCUCAAUCCAGCCAUAGAUAUUGGGCAGAUUGAAGGUGCAUUCAUGCAAGGAGUUGGUCUGUUCACCCUGGAGGAGCUGCGCUAUUCUCCAGAUGGGAAUUUGUACACAAGAGGGCCUGGUAUGUACAAGAUUCCUGGGUUCGGUGACAUCCCCACUGAGUUCAAUGUGUCGCUCCUCCGAGAGGCACCCAACAGCAAAGCCAUUUACUCUUCCAAGGCUGUCGGGGAACCACCGCUUUUCCUUGCCUCGUCUGUGUUUUUCGCCAUUAAAGAUGCCAUCUAUGCUGCUAGGACCGAAUCAGGCCUGAGAGGCCCAUUCCAACUGGACAGUCCUGCUACUCCAGAGAGAAUACGCACUGCUUGUGCUGACAACUUCACCAAGCUGUGUCCUCCUGCCGAACCAGGAACCUAUACUCCUUGGGAUGUUCAAACGUGAAGAGAAGUCUUGAAGCUCAACACAAUUAAUGCACAUGCUCUUGCCAGUAUAACAUGUCGAUAUGUGAUCAUAUUAAAAAAUAAAAAAUAAAUAAAACUCCACUAAGAAACUAAUUUAAAACAUCACAGAUUAAGCAGACACUGCUUGAAGCAAUGACAUGCUUUUUGUUUUGUUUAAUGGCAGAAAUUACCCGAUUUACCUAAUAUUACUUUAAAUAUGAUUUUAUAUAUUAAAACUAUGAAAUUGUAUUGACCAGGUGUUAUGUAAUUUUAAGAUUUUGUAUUAUGCCAAAA